UGUCAUCCGAUCCUCUUCUGCAACAUCUUCCCCCUAGAUUGAAAUAUCAAUCAUAUCCUCUGCUGGCUUUCUGAUCGCCUAAGACAAGCCUUUUCGGUCAUAUUUGUUUCACUUUCAACUCACAUCAAGUCAGUCCGUCGGAUUUAUUUUACUUUCACAUCACAUCCAGCCAGCUUUUCAUAUUCAUGUCACUCUCAAACCACUCUCAAACCACUCUCAAACCACUCUCAAACCACUCUCAAACCACUCUCAAACCACUCUCAAAUCACUCUCAAAUCACUCUCAAAUCACUCUCAAAUCACUCUCAAAUCACUCUCAAAUCACUCUCAAAUCACUCUCAAACUACUUUUCAAAUCAUUCUCAAAAUACAUUAAGGCAGCUCGUCAUAUUAAUUUCACUUUAAAUUCAUAUCCAGUCAGUCAAGUCAUCACUAAAUCAUGGCGAGUCCAGUUCGUCUUUCACCACAAGUUCAGAGAAUACAGCAAAGUUUGCCAUAUGCUGAUAUCUACACCAAUGCCUCUGUUAAUUCCAUGCGCUCACGCGAAAACACACAGCAUCGCAACCUGACACUUCCUCAUGCUCACCCUGACAUCAGCCGGUGGCAAAAUCCUGGUGGGUGGGGAGCAAGACAUGUUAACGACACAGCCCCAUUCACAUUAUGGGAUGAAGAUGCUCGCAAGUUCCGUUUCCCAGAUGCCAACGAAAAACAGUGGAUUCGCAAUAAAUAUGGAAAUACGCGCAUUGGGCAGUCUGAUUGGUUUAUGUGGAUUGAGACCGACAGCCCACCACACCCGAUACCCUUGACUCUCGGAUGUAUGCCGGUUAGAUUUACUAGAAUCGGCGAGCGCCCCUACGAAGCUCUUGCGCCUAUCACCUAUUCAAAUCCAAGAAUCAAAGACCCAUGUCCAAAUCUGGCGUGGCCCCGAAUGUCAUUCCCAACAAGGGAACAAAGUGUACGUCUCCUCACGGCUUUGAAGCCUCUUGCGAAUAUACGAGGCAUCAUAUAUUUGCCCAACUGGACAAUUGUGGAGCUGCGUUAUGGGGAUGGCCGAAUCUAUGAGCCGCGAUCAUUACCUGGAAGAGUUGCAGGUCGCACUACACUAUACCACCAUGCCGAAAAACCGUUUUACGAUGGAAUGACAAGCCAGACACGUGCCCGUGCUAUCGACCCUUCCAGGCGCACAAGCAUCUCCGGGCCUUUGCCUCAAGACGAUUCUAAUUAUCUUCGGCGAGCAUAUCUGACACCAGGGUGCAGGGUGGAGUCUGGCUAUGGUUCUGCAGGCUCCAGCACUGAGUCGGUCAACUGUGCCACAACAUUGGGAGUCAAGUUGCGUAAUAUGCGCGGACAAGAGGCAGUAACAGUGGCACAUCAUGGGUUCCUGAUCUCAAACGACGUAUACCAUCCGCGAGCUAGCGAGGACUUGAUUGGCACAAUUUUCGAUACACGCCCAGAAUUAGACAUCGCAUUUGCCAAGCUGACUCCUGCUGCGUCGGCAAGCUUCACCAAUGCCUGCAACUUUCAAGCAGAACCACCCCAGAGACUCGUGCCUGGUGACAUGAUCCAGGCGGGCUCUUGGAGCGAAGUGGAUGGUAUGAGCUCCGGCCUAGUGAGUCUGAUGGCAUGUGGCAGGUACGAUAUGGAGCCGGCGCGUCCGGUCGGACAUCCAGAAAUCCCUUUUGAACGUUGGAACGCCCAGUCUAUAAAUUCCGUGUUUGGCGUCAUCAACGCGACAAUAUCAGAUGGGAUUUGCGGAGCACCAAUUGUCGACUGCGACACUGGCGGAAUUACUGGCUUCUUCCACCUCUUUGAUGGAACUGUUAAUUGUCUCAGUGCUCACCUGGAUGAUUUGCUAGCCGAGGGGUGGCAAGUGGUUUAGAAUGGACAGUACUCUUCUGCAUGAACUUACCUUUGCGAAAAAUGUUCUGGCUGGAUCUCUUUGCUUAAACUUAAAUAAUGUGCCAAUGGCUUACAGACAGCUGCCAAUUGCUUUCAGAGUUUAACUAAUCAUUUGUUAACCUGCUACAGUCUAAUGAAAUCACUUUAUGAAGC